GGCGGUUCUUCGUGCAAUGGGGUGGUGUUUGAGUUGAUUUGGGUUGCCACGUCGCCUUGUGUAAGCGUGGUUACAAGUAGAUAGUUAAGAACAGGUAGUUUGCUUAUUUGAAAUUCAUUUACAAAGUAACUUUAAGUGAAGUGCCUGCAGAAAUGUUGCUAGGUGCAUUGCAUUUAUUUUGUUCUGUGCUGUUGGGGGUUGUGAAUGGAGCAAAACUCCCUGAGCCAGAAGUGAAAAUCGAGGUGAUGUACAAACCUUUCAUCUGCCACAGGAAGUCCAAGUACGGGGAUAUGCUGCUUGUACAUUUCGAUGGGUAUCUGGAAAGCAACGGAACAUCGUUUCAUUCAAGCCGUAAAGAAGGUAAUGGCCAGCCUAUUUGGUUCACUCUUGGAAUAAGAGAAGUUAUUAAAGGCUGGGACAAAGGCAUGCAGAACAUGUGUGCAGGAGAAAAGAGAAAGCUAACAGUUCCUUCAUCCCUUGCUUAUGGCAAAGAUGGGAAAGGGAAGAUUCCACCGGACAGCACUCUAAUAUUUGACAUGGAGAUUUUGGAGAUCAGAAAUGGACCAAGAUCCCAUGAAUCUUUCCAGGAAAUGGACCUUAAUGAUGACUGGAAGCUGUCCAGACAGGAGGUAAAAGAGUAUUUGAGGAAGGAAUUUGAAAGACAUGGAUAUGCUCCCAAUGAUACCCAUCAUGAAACCAUGGUUGAAGACAUAUUCAAGAAGGAAGAUGAAGACAGUGAUGGAUUUAUAUCUUCCAGGGAAUUUACCUACAAGCAUGAUGAGUUAUAGAAUGGAGGCAUUUAGAAACAUUUCCCUUAUAUUUCUCAUCUGAGUACAGAUUUUAGAUGAAGCCCAGAGAUGUGAAAAAUGAUUGUGCCAGCUAUCCAAAGAAAAAGAGCAAUGUUUCACUUUGUGAAAAUACAUAACGUUCUUUUAUUUUGGACUGAUUUUAAAUCAGUCGUUUUUAUGCCUUUUACUAUUUUUGAAUGAUUGUUUUAAAUUUGUUCACAAACAUGACCCAUUCUAAAGAAACAUGCCUACAUUGUGCAGCACGGUUGUAUGUCUGACUUUUGAAAAAAAUCGUUUUUUGAUAUAAACAUUUUUAGUUUGUUAAAAAUGAUUGUUUUUCUACAAGAAUGACCACAAGCAAUAAUAAUAAAAUAAAAAUCAAGGGAUUGAUGAAAA